AUGAUCGCCCACAUCUAUCUAUCUAUGUAUCCAUCUAUCUAUCUAUCUAUGUAUCUCAGUCUCUUCCUAUCUAAGCCAUUGAAUCUCUUCCUAUCUAAGCCAUUCAAGUCAGAACGUAGUAGCUUCAAAACUAGUUUCGAUUUCUUAACACAUACGCGUUUAUCUAUCUAUCUAUCUAUCUAUCUAUCUAUCUAUCUAUCUAUCUAUCUAUCUAUCUAUCUAUCUCAUUUUGAUAUCUUAACACAUACGCGUUUAUCUAUCUAUCUAUCUAUCUAUCUAUCUAUCUAUCUAUCUAAGCCAUUCAAAUCAGAACGUAAUAGCUUCAAAACUAGUUUUGAUAUCUUAACACAUACGCGUCUAUCUAUCUAUCUAUCUAUCUAUCUAUCUAUCUAUCUAUCUAUCUAUCUAUCUCAUUUUGAUAUCUUAACACAUACGCGUCUAUCUAUCUAUCUAUCUAUCUAUCUAUCUAUCUAUCUAUCUAUCUAUCUAUCUAUCUAUCUCAGUCUCUUCCUAUCUAAGCCACUCAAGUCAGAACGUAAUAGCUUCAAAACUAGUUUUGAUAUCUUAACACAUACGCGUUUAUCUAUCUAUCUAUCUAUCUAUCUAUCUCACUAUCUAUCUAUCUAUCUAUCUGUCUAUCUCAGUUUCUUCCUAUCUAAGCCAUUCAAGUCAGAAGGUAGUAGCUUCAAAACUACUUUUGAAUUCUUAACACAUACGCGUUUAUCUAUCUAUCUAUCUAUCUAUCUAUCUAUCUAUCUCAGUUUCUUCCUAUCUAAGCCAUUCAAGUCAGAAGGUAGUAGCUUCAAAACUACUUUUGAAUUCUUAACACAUACGCGUUUAUCUAUCUAUCUAUCUAUCUAUCUAUCUAUCUAUCUAUCUAUCUAUCUCAGUUUCUUCCUAUCUAAGCCAUUCAAUUUCUUCCUAUCUAAGCCAUUCAAGUCAGAAGGUAGUAGCUUCAAAACUACUUUUGAAUUCUUAACACAUACGCGUUUAUCUAUCUAUCUAUCUAUCUAUCUAUCUAUCUAUCUAUCUAUCUAUCUAUCUAUCUAUCUAUCCAUCUAA